AUAAUAGAGUUGAAUAUGUCAUGUCGUUUUCAGACAUUAGAUAUCCGAAUCCGACUGGGGACAAUAUGAAUCCUAAAAUAUUAUGGAUAUUUAGUCGGUAUUUUAUUUAUAGAACGAAUCAGCCCUAAAAUAUUACGGGUAUUUUGUUGGUAUUUUAAUUAUAGAACCAACCAACCAGUAUUGAUAAAUUUUUAAUUGAAAUAUCUAUUAAUAAUAUCUUCUCAUAGUUUACGACUUCCAUAGGCAAACUCUGCUGUUUCAACGUUUAACAAAUUAGGUUUUCAUUCAACUUCUCCUCUUCUUCUUCUUCUUCUUCUUCUUUUUUUUUUUGAUAAUCCAGGGGUUCUCCGUUUCGCGGGUCAUUCCCCUGGGUCCGGUCAGACAGCGGUCCACUUCACCCGGGAGGGCUUUACCUGAGCUGGAUCGAACCCAGUACCGCUUUGGUGUCCAGAAGAGGCAGGGUAGUUUCCGCAUGGAGAGGGAAUCGAAUCCGGAUGGUAGUUGCCACCACAGGCCCGUCCUGCCACUUGGACUACCUCGUCCCGACUCUUAAAAUUUUUAAACUUUAUCUCCCAAUCGAUCCGUAUACUUGCGUUCACUAUCGUCAUAAAUCCCACAAUAAAAUCUAAAUUCAUUUCAAACAAUUCAAACCUCAACUCUCCAUCUCCCGUAUCAGAAAAUGAAACCGUCAGUUGAACUGGAACUAUAUAAAUUAGAGAAUUAUAAGAGGAAGAUCAACCUACUAACUUGCGAAAUGGCUUCGUCUGCUACUAUCGAUUCUCAACAACCUCUUCCUCACUCCCACUUCGCUGCGCAUCGUCUGGGUAGAUCUUCUCAAUCUAUCCAUGCCCGCCUGCUCCGUUUUUGGGACUCCUUCAAGGGAAUCACUUUGCUUUUCCUUGAUGAGAAGGAUUCUAUGAUCAACGGCAUCAUUCCUGCUGAACAGGCCAAUCACUACCGUCGAUCCUUACAAGAAGGUGACAUCUACAGAGUUGCCCACUUUGAAGUUGGAAUAUGCCCACAUAUGUACAAGAGUACAGAGCAUACCUUCCUAAUCCGAUUCCUCCAAGAAACAACGAUUGAUCCAAUCAUCAACAAUUGUCCUCAUAUCAGCCUACAAAAAUUCAUGGUUCGCAACUAUGAACAACUCCAGAUCCUUGCCUGAUGUUGUUGGUCAAAUCCAAACGGUCAAAGGUUAUGACCUUCACAACGCUGAAGUCAUUUCCCCACUUCUCAUACGUCUUCGCAUUGCCCCGUGUUUUUUCAGCCCCACUCUCCAAGCCAUCACAGACUUUACUAUGAGCUUGGACGACAACACGGAGAACGCUACCUGGCCCCUUAGCUCAAUUGGAGAUCUCAGCUACUUCCUCUCCAAUCCUACCGACCAGGAACCUUAUUUUGUCUGCAAAGCCCGGAUAGUUGACGUCUUAGGCCAACAUGGCUGGUACUACGUCUGUUGCACUCAGUGCAGCAAAGAAAUGGUGAAAUCAGCUGCCUCCCUCCGCUGUGACCAAUGUGGUAACACCAAUGACACCGGCGUUGUUAGGUAUCGUGUUGAAUUGUUGGUUGAUGAUGGGAAUAAUUAUGCAACUUUUGUGGUGUUCGAUAAGGAGAUGCUCGAGAUGACUAAUCAACAUGCAGCUACUCUCUUUCUGAGCGAGGUCAAUGUUGGUCUUGACGACAAACUCCCGCAAUGCGUAUCAGGACUUGAAGGGCAAACUUUUGUUUUUCAUAUACGUGUCAAGCCAUGCAACUCCACCCAGAACUACAGUCCCUUUACUGUUUCUGCUAUCAGUCACAAUAUUGACACCAAGGAUUUCAACAUCAAGGAAAGCCCCUGUGUUGAUCUUAGAUGUGAUGAACCAUCCACUCCCCCUCCAGCCAACAACACGUUAACAGCUGAGGUGCAAGAAGGUGAACGCAGCUGCUCCCGUGAGUGAAUGCUUGAAAGCAACCAAAAGCGUCAGCCCAACUAUGCCUCCAAGUCUUUCUCAGUUUUAAUAUUACUAUGCAUUUCAAGUUUAACUCUUUGCAACCUCUUACUUGCAACGUUCUUUUAAGAACUCAUUUCAUUAAUGUACCUCAUUAGAGGAUAACAUUUUCAUCAUUUUAAUUGCUUUAAGGGGGUGACGUAUUAUAUACAAUCGCUGUUCAAAAAAAUUCUUAAAAUUUCUUCUAACUUCUUCUAAGUUUAAAAAAUUAACCAAAAAAAUUUACAACCCCAUCACCAAUUUCAACUUUAACCACUCAAGUUCUUCUAGGUGACACAUAACAAACUUCAACUAAUUAUUAGGAUUGUUCAUAUAUUGAGAAGCUUCACUAAUUACUUAAUCAAAUAACGGAUUCGUUUAAGUUAUUAAAAUAAAACAAUUGAAUACCAUUGAAAAACCAAGAUUCGUAUCAUUGGUUCUUUCUGUAUUAAGAAUCCGCUUUGUUUUGUGUUUCCUUAUUGCAAUAAAUAAAAAAUGCAAAUAGAGUUGCUAAAAUAACAAAAAUGGUGAUAGCAUCUGUUUUAAAACAGUUUCGACCUACCACCUCUGCGUUGGUUCCAGUACCACCUUUAAAAAUUCAAGCUAGGUCUUUAAUAUGAUUUCAAGCUAUUAAAUUAAAGAGCAAAUAAUAAUACCCUUACGGUGCUGAAGACCUAAACUGAUGAAACAACAACAUUGAAACUCAUAAAAUUAUGUAAUCUCCGGAAACGUGUUCUACACGUUAAACAAUUAGAUAAUCAAACUAUAACUGAAGCAAAACGUUGUCGUUUAAGUCAACAGAAUACAAAAUUAAACUUCCCCCAAAAUCACGUGAACCUGAUAACACAAUUGGCUGCGUAAACAAUCCCUCUCUAUCUUGAAGUUUAUUUAUUAAGUUGACCACAGUCGAAUAGAUUUGUUUUAAUUAAUUGAAGGCCCACAAGUACACCCAAUAUUAAGCUAUAAAUCUUGAAGAUCAACAUACAUAGGUUCUGAAGAUUGCUGUAAGUAAAAAUUUUAAUUCCACAAGAUAAUUGCUACAAUAACUGAAUCUCAAACGUCAUUUUAUCAUCUCAUAAUAUUUUCUACACCAUACAUCAUGAUAUUAAUCAUCUGAUAACGUAAAAACACCAAAGUUAAAACAAAAGACGUGCUCUCACCGACAACCAAACGUUACGUAAUCAAACACUUCAAAAGAAAACUAAAUUAAAGCUCCUACUAAACUUCUGGAAUACAAAGUAGCUUCUAUAUUUUCACAACGAAUUCAAAGUAGUUUAAGAUGCGAAAAAGGAAAUCAUCCCAGGGAACAUCACCUGAGUGGAACAAACGUCACAAAGAAAACACACCGCUCGGAUCAGCCACAGCUUCGAUAAUCACUGGUUCCUCCAGCGAGCUUCCAAACCGUAAAGGUCAGCUCCACCCAUAAACUCACACUUAAAAAAACUACGGCUAACAUCUACAACACCUGCAGCUGCCCAGAAAAGAGCAAGGGAAAUGCGGCGAGCAAUAAUCCUAUCAAAAAAAACAAUCCCAAAACAACCAAGUAAGUAAGGAGAUAUUCCACCAUAGAAACCUUCUAUGUAUAAUCGAAAUUUCUUUUACUGAUUUCAACCAACGUCUGUUAACGUAGGACCCAGUCUCCGCUCAAAGGGAAAGAGGUCACAGUCUCAGGAACCCGCAUCUAAUGGAAUCCUCGAAUGCCCCUUCUGUCAUGCUCUGGUUUGGGAAAAAGAAAAGAAAGGGACAAGAGGUCCAAACAGGACACCACUAUUCUCAAUAUGCUGUCAACAAGGUAGAGUGAAACUCAAACCAGAGACAGAAGCUCCUCCUGCGUUGAAAUCACUGCUCUUCACCUCCACCCAUUUCCAACAUGAUAUUCGAACUUAUAACUCCAUCCUCGCAUUCACCUCUAUGGGAGCCCAGAUUGAUCACUCUGUAAUGCACAAGACGGGGCCUUUUACUCUAAGAAUCCAUGGUCAAAAUGCCCACAGGAUCGGCUCUUUGGUUCCUCAACCAGGACGACGUCCACAGUUCAGUCAGCUCUACAUUGUUGAUACGGCUAAUGAGGUUCAGAAUAGACUUUCAAUUGUCAAGCGCACAGGCAAAACAGGUCAACUGGAUCCUAAUAUUGUGAAACUGCUGAUAGAAACAAUGGACGCUCAUAACUGCCAUACUAAGAUAUUCAGAAAAGCAA